AUGUCGAAACGACCUGCGGACGAUGAUGAUGCCGCGGCGGCUCUCAAAGCCGGUCAGCGACCUAAUGCGGGAGCACAUGAUCAGAAUGGUCUCGAGUUCGAGGACGAGUUCGAGGACGAGUACGAAUCGGAGGACGAGAUAAUUGAGGCCGGCGUGGAUGGACGACCUGAUGCUGAGCGGGAAGCGGAGCAGAAUGGCGACGCUAUGGAUGUUGACUCGAACAAUCAAACCUUCAUCCCUGGCCGAUCAGUACUUCAGCCCGGUCAAACCCUGACCCCCGAUCCCUCCACCUACGAAAUGCUUCACCCACUAUCAGCAACUUGGCCAUGCUUAUCCUUUGAUAUUGUCAGAGAUAAUCUUGGAGAUGACCGCAAAAGCUACCCGAGGACUUUGUAUGCUGUUGCAGGUACGCAGGCGGAGUCUAGCCGUGCCAAAGACAACGAACUAUACGUUUUGCGCCUGAGCAGUCUCUCGAAAAUGGAUCGCGGCGAUCAGACCGACUCUGAAAGCGACGAUGAAAGUGAUGAUGAAGGCGGCUCUACCGAACCUGUCCUGGAAUCUCGAUCCAUUCCUCUACCAAGCACUUCCAACCGAAUCCGAAUGUUUCAGCCCGCCACAUCACAAGCGGACCCUUCUCAGAUGCCCCAAACCCUCACAGCUACCUGGUUGGAAAACGGUCAGGUCAUGGUACACGAUGUCACGCCACAUCUACAGAGUCUAUCCACGCCGGGUUCCGUCAUAACCCCAGCUGCAUCGAAACCGCUGAGCACCCUGCGCAUGCACAAGGAUGAGGGUUAUGCCUUGGACUGGGCAUCCCCAUCACUACAUCCGUUUGGUCGGCUACUUACAGGCGAUAACAAUGGCCAGAUAUAUAGCACCCAGCGGACGGAAGGUGGUGGUUGGGCAACUGACAACCGGCCUUUUGUGGGGCAUACGAAUGCAAUCGAAGAGCUGCAGUGGUCGCCGAACGAAAAGAAUGUCUUCGCAUCUGCCAGCAGUGAUGGCACUGUGAAAGUCUGGGACGUCCGAAGUAAGAGCAGAAAGCCAGCUGUGGAUAUGCGUGUCAGUGCAACGGAUGUCAACGUCAUGUCUUGGUCGAGGCAGACUUUCCAUCUCCUGGCCACUGGUGCAGAUGACGGCGAAUGGGCUGUGUGGGAUUUGCGUCAAUGGAAGCCACAGGAAGGAGGUGCAGCUGGGAAACCGUCUCCAGUUGCCGAUUUCAAGUUUCACAAGAAGCCCAUCACUUCAAUCGAGUGGCAUCCAACCGAUGACAGUGUUGUCGGCGUUGGCUCGGCGGAUAACACAGCAACGCUAUGGGAUCUUGCCGUCGAGUUGGACGACGAGGAAUAUGGCAAGGAGACGGGGCUGGGUCUCGGUGAAGGCGCUGAAAAGGUACCACCUCAGCUGUUAUUCAUUCACCACAUCGAGGACUGUAAGGAAUUUCACUGGCAUCCGCAAAUGCCUGGCACCGCCAUGGUCACUGGAGGAGGUGGGUUCAGCGUUUUCAAAACCAUCAGUGUGUAG